GCUGUCUUCAACACUUGGUAGCCGCACAUCCUGAGCAUCUCUUUGCUAACUAGCUGAAUCAUUUUGUGGGAGUCCUCUCUUCUCUUCUUGUGAUUGUUUGUGUAUACCAGGGCAAUGGCGACACGAUACGACAGGGCUAUCACUGUGUUCUCUCCUGAUGGUCAUCUCUUUCAAGUGGAGUAUGCACAGGAGGCAGUAAAGAAAGGUUCCACAGCGGUUGGAAUCCGAGGCAAAGACAUAGUCGUCCUUGGAGUUGAGAAGAAAUCCGUUGCAAAGCUGCAGGAGGAAAGGACAGUGCGUAAAAUAUGUGCACUGGAUGAGCAUGUCUGUAUGGCGUUCGCAGGUUUAACUGCAGAUGCCCGCAUUGUGAUAAACAGAGCUCGGGUUGAGUGCCAGAGCCACAGGCUAACUGUUGAGGACCCAGUCACAGUGGAAUACAUCACACGCUACAUCGCUACACUGAAACAGCGCUACACUCAAAGCAACGGGCGCAGGCCAUUUGGCAUCUCUGCGUUAAUUGUCGGCUUUGACUACGAUGGGACUCCCAGGCUGUAUCAGACAGACCCAUCAGGAACCUACCAUGCCUGGAAGGCAAAUGCAAUCGGCCGUAGCGCGAAAACUGUGAGGGAAUUCCUGGAGAAGAAUUACACGGAGGAAGCCAUCGCAGGGGACAACGAGGCAAUCAAGUUGGCUAUCAAAGCUUUGCUUGAGGUUGUCCAGUCAGGAGGCAAAAACAUUGAGCUUGCUGUUAUCAGACGAAACCAGCCGCUCAAGAUUUUGGAAUCCAAGGAAAUUGAGACCCUGGUGGCUGAGAUUGAGAAGGAAAAAGAAGAGGAGGCAGAGAAGAAGAAGCAGAAAAAAUCCACUUAAACCAGUCCACUAAGGGGUUUUCUUCAUUGCACUUAGAUUACAAUAGCAUAUUUGGGUUGCAAAUAUAUGUUUUUGGAGAGUUGACUUCUCUCAUUUAUGUCAAUGUAAAGAGCUAAAUCAUAACUUGAGAUCUAGUGAUGCAUUCAGAGGAUUGCUAUACGGUUUGCAAAAAAAGCUGCAAUACUUCAAGCAAUUUGACUUCACUGAUGGCAGAUGAGCCCAUGCAUAGUCUCAAGUUAUGUUUCAGAUCUAUAGCCACAUACAGGAUGUUUUUAUAAAUCACCAAACAGCUCUGAUGGUGAAUAAUCUCUUUGCAACGUUCAAAGUAUACUGAAAUUAAAUUCUCAAUAAAAGCUGGCAUGUUUGUAAAAACCC